AUGAAGUUACUCGUGACAACUUUGUUGUCCUCCACACUUGUACUCGCCACCAACGGCCUGGAAACAAGGGUGGCCCCAGACGAGACACGGCCGCCCAAUAUUGAUGGAGCUUACGUGACAAAUCCUUUCCCAGGCCCGGAUAAUGAAUCUUUUGACUGGUGGUGGGCAAAUGUGAUUGGCGAAGAAGUUAACGGAACUAUACCUUCUUUUGAAAUCGUUAUGUAUGAAGGCUUCGUUUUCACCCGUGCUCCCUCGGAUCCUUCAUUUCAAGUAGACAUUUCUGGCACCUUACCAAAUGGCACUCAAUUCUUCAUCGUUAUCCCUGCAGACUCUGCAACAGUCACUGAAAACAAAGAACGUGUGACAGCAGUAUGGAAAGAUCCUUCAGGAGUGACUAUUGCCAGCCUACUCUCGACCACUGGCCCACCACGCACAUUUGAUGUUUCGUUCAACUACCCACCGCUGGGAAUAUCAGGGUCUGUAAGCCUCGUUGGAACUAAUACACCCCCACAUACGGGCUGCUCAGGCAACACUGCCGGAUCUCUUUAUUUUGAUCCUGCGAUACCGGAUGGAGCGAACUUCAAUGCUGCACAGACGGAAUUUUUCACCAAUCUUGGUUGGGCUAUUGCUAUGCCUGGAACGACUUCUGCCAAGGUUAACAUUAAUCUUGAUGGACAUAGCGCGUCGUUCAAAGGAGCUGGAUAUCAUGACAAGAACUGGGCAGAUAAACCAAUCGAUCAAUAUCUGAAUACCUGGCUCUUCGGCCUGGGAUCAUGCGGACCUUAUCAUGUUGCAUUUGUCGAGGCACAGCCACUAAAUUCACCGCAUGAGGACGAUUUCAUGUCUGGGUACCUUUCCUUCGAUACAGAGAUUCUACAAUCACAGUGUACAACUUUCUCCAACUUACCAUACCCUAAGCCAAACACAUUCAACUUCAACAUUAGUGGCACUGCUGAUUCACCAGCUGCCGGCGUCAAUUUGCCGACCAAGAUGUUUGCUGAAUACGUCAUUAAUAACGGAAGUCGUUAUCAGUUCGAUCUGGAUCUGCUACCGGGAACUCCGGCUUUACCCAUUUACAACAGAUGGAGGGCGGUGGGUAAAGGUGGGCUUGUUGGUGGAAAGCAGUACGAUUGCACUAUUCUGGGGGAGUGGAUGAACCCAGGUGCUGUCCCUUACACGGAUGGCGCCAACAUUUUCGAAACAUAA